AUGAACGGCUCACCCAAAGAAAUACCAAGCACGCCUACCAUUACGGAAACACAUUCCGUCGAAUCCAUAGAUAGAACAGCCGAAAAGAAACUUGUAUGGAAAUGCGAUCUCCAUGUAGUCCCGAUCCUCGCCUUUCUCAUGAGUUUGGCGUUCCUUGAUCGCAUAAACAUUGGGAAUGCUCGUCUCCAGGGUCUAGAGAGAGACCUUGGUAUGAGCGGACAUGAUUUCAACAUUGCCCUGUUCAUAUUUUUUGUUCCGUACAUGCUUUGUGAAGUCCCGAGCAAUAUCAUUCUAAAAAAUGUUUCCCCUUCAACCUGGCUUAGCAGCGUUAUGCUAGGAUGGGGGCUUGUUACGACUUUCCAAGGAGUCACAAAUAGUUUUGCUGGAUUGCUCGUCUGUCGCGUCUUCCUCGGGAUUUUUGAAGCAGGAUUUGUCCCAGGUUGUGUGUAUCUUAUCUCUAUGUAUUAUAAACGGCAUGAACUUCAGACAAGGCUCAACUUUUUUAUAUCGUGCAGCAUUAUGGCGGGUUCGCUAAGCGGAAUUCUGGCCUAUGCCAUUGCCGGAAUGGAUGGCGCUCGUGGUUACAGCGGCUGGCGCUGGAUUUUUAUUCUCGAAGGCGUUGCAACCGUGGUUGCUGCUGUAUUUUCGAAGUUUCUCAUUCCUGAGUGGCCCGAAAAGGCAAAAUUCCUUGCAGAGGAAGAAAGGAAGCUUCUCCUCCAUCGAUUAGCAACAGAAACUGAAACUGCUAAAAUGAACCGUCUAGACAAGAAUGCCAUGAAACGCGCCUUCACAGAUGUGAAAAUCUACAUGGGAUUCGCGUUCACCAUGUUGGGAUGCAUUAUUACUACCGUCGGAUACAUAAUCCUCUUAUGCCAACAAUCCGUGUCCCCGGGUGUAUGUUAUUUUGCCGUUUUGACCAUCUCCGCGGGAGCCUUUAUGGCCCACCCCAUUACAAUUGCCUGGCUAAACAACAACGUGGGUGGGCACUACAAGCGCGGCAUAUCAGCGGCGAUGCAGAUCGGGCUUGGGAAUUCUGGCGGACUGAUUGCGAGUAACCUUUUCUUCCCGUCCGAGGCCCCAAGGUACCCGACGGGAUUCAGGACAAGUCUUGCAUUAGUAUGGGUGUGUGCAGUCACAUGCAUCGCGUUCUUCUUGUACUUGCAUCGGGAAAACCGCCUCCGCGAUGAAGGGUUCCGUGAUCAUCUCCUGCUUCUUCCUGAGAAUGAGGUUGAUAACCUCGGAGACGACCAUCCCAGUUUCAGGUUUACCUACUAA